GGACUGCUUGCUUUGAUGCCAACCCAAUGGCUAACAAGCAGCCAGCUCUGGUCCAUUUACAGCAGUGGGAGAGAUGGACUGCAGGAAAACAUCUUUUUACUGUCUAUUCAGUUGUCAUCUGGAAAAAGCAAUUUGUGCAUGCUGUCAUUUCGGUAUGACAUUGUGAGAGAACAUAUCUACCUCUGACAAAUGUUUUGAAAAACUUAACGAUGUUGUGCUCUGUGCCUUGACUUCGCCAGAGAAAGUUACCCAACCAGGUGUGACUGUGCUUUAGUGCUCUCCCUCUCACAGACAACUCCUGCCCUUGGCUCCCAGCACCAGGCUGUGGCAGGACUUGGACUCUGGUGUCUGAAGUUUGGACUCCAGCUCUUUUUUGUUUGGACUGCUAAGUAUCCUAAUUCCAGCUUGCUGUUUGUGUAAUGUGUUUCAUUAUUGCUUCUGCAUCACGAUGAAGAAAUAAUAUUCAGACUGAGGUUCUUUUUUGCACAGACAGAUGGUGAAUAACUGAGCCUAAUGAGGGGAAUAAGUUGGAGCAUGGUGGUAGUGUCAAAGGGAGAUUACUGGAAGUCUGUCUUGUAUAAGCUGAGAAUGCAACAAACAUAAAUUGCAGCCAAAGUAUAUUGCUGGAUGGUUUUCUUACUCAACUUGUUUCACGUUGCCUGUUUGCCAACAUUUUUGCAACUAUCCUCAUUACUGAAGGUAAAUCAAUACAAUUCAUGUGUGGUUUUGUGUCCAUGGCAAAAAAAAAAAAACCAACCCAGCUUUAAAAUCCUCUUUUAUGAUACAUGUAUUUUUCCUAGUUCUGUUAUACGUGUUUUAGUAUUUCCCUUCCUGGAUUUCAGAUUUUCUCCUUUUUCCUAAAAGUGAUAGGAAUUGAAUUAAAUCUUUUUUUUAUUUUUUGUUAUUCAUGUUGUAUACAGAAAUGUUUGUCAAGUGUUGCUGUGGCUGAGGAUUGCUCUGACUGACUGGUGAACUGAGAACACUUAAUUGCACUUUGCUGCCUCUGUCUGUUCUUGGGAGAUUAUGUUUGUGCAUGCAUCCCCAAGCCUGGCACUUGGCCUAACUUAGGUUUAGGACCCAUUGUAUCUAGAGUUAUUCAGGGCUGGCAUUUGGCCAGGCCCAUUUUAAUUGCUGCUUCUCUCAGGCUCUUUCUUGGGGUUUUGCUUUUCUGUCUGCCCUACCCUCCAGCUGGAGAGGCGCAGAGGAGUGCAGUGAAUUUUAGGAGGGCAUCACAGGCAGCUCCAUCACUGCAGCUGAGACACCCAGGAACCCCCUCCUGUCGUCUGGCUGAGUAAAGCCUUUGGCACUUGGUGCAUCUGCCUUCUUUGGACUGUAAAGGACUGGGUUCAAGAAAAUGAUAAGGAAAAUGUUCUAUGAACACGUGAUCCUUGCCCUUCUGAUAGAUUUUUGCUUGCAGGAUUAUGGCUUGAAGUCAGGCUUAGGCUCCUGAGUGGGCUUAAACUUUUCUUUGUCAGAGGAUGAAUUCUUGAUUUGUUUCAUUAUUGGAGGAUAAAGAUUUGCAGAAUGCAAAUGCUGCCACAGACAACUGAAACUUAAUGAAAGAAAUGUGAUUAUGUGCUUCUAAUGUCAUAAGAAACAAAUGUUUGGGAGAAAAAUAAAAGUUGAUGCAGUGAGCAAUUUCUUCACAUUCAGGUAAUCCUUCUGAACUCACUUGCCAUCUAACUGUAAUUUUUCCUCCAUUUGCCUUUUAUGUCAAUAUAGGGAAAGGAAUCUUUCAGGUAGCUGUGCUGUGGCCUUGAAGAUAUAUUGUGAAUAAAGUGAUCCAGGAGCACUGAAUUCAGUAGGAACCCUGGCCACCCUUGCCCCCAUCUCAUACUUCAGCUGUAAACCUUAUUUUCGUUCUGUAAAGUUAAAUAUUCCAGUAGUUUGCUUUUUCUUGGAAAAGAUUUAGAAAGUGACCUCGAAACAGUCAAUCCUGUUUCUCCUUUGUUUGCAGGACUACUUGCACAUCUGCAACAAGGCAGGGAAGAGGUUUGUUUCCAAAAGAGAACAACUAUUGGAGAAACUGCCCAUUUUUCACCACUUUUAAAAUCCCUUCUGAUCUGAUCUGUUCCACAGCAUAACACAGGUGCUUCUAGGCACCCAUUCCUGAUGUAAGCAUUGAAUAGCAUUGCCAGCAACAGAAACUGCUCUCAGAGAAAGAUCUUUUGUUGAUGGGUAAUGAUAGGGGUUAGAAGCUGGGGAACAAUUUGUGCCUAUAAUAAAAAUUGCAAUCAGAUCUGCCAGUGAGAAUAAAAUUGACUUAUCCGCUGAAGUCAACAAGAAUUUCUGCAGAAAAAUUGCUUAUAAUAAUAAAAAUAAUGUUGGGACAAUAUGUCUCACAGUGUCUGCUGUGAUGAUGAUGAAAAAUUUGACAGAAUGACUAGUUCGAAUUAUAGAAUCCUUAGAGUUGGAAGGGACUUCUGAAGGCCAUCUAGUCCAACUCCCCUGCAAUGAACAGAGACACCACAGCUGGAUUAUGUUGCUCAGAGCCUGAUCCAGCCUCACCUUGAAAGUCUCCAGGGAUGUGGCAUCAACAACAACACUAGAGGAUUUUUAAAGAGGAAAACUCUGUAUUAAUCAAUGGAGGAGUCCUGUACUAUGCAGGAAAUGUUGUUUUGACCUUUUAGAUGCCUGGAAGUGGUUAUCCUUAAACAGCUGCAGUUGAGGGAGAUUGCAAAGUAAUCACUGACCGUGUACUGGAAGUCAUCUGAGAAUCAACUACAGUCACUGCAAGCUCAUUUGGAGUACCAGGGCUCCUGUAUUGUCUCGGGCUCCCCUGGAAAUGCAGUAAGGAUUCGUAUCACAUCUCUGUUGCCAUAGCAACAGCAGUCUUUCCCAUAAUGAGCUGCAUCAUCUGAACUGAUGUCACAGCAUCAUGCAGCAGGUCACACAAGGCACCUCCUAGUAUUGCAUCCUACAGAUGUGCUGUAAACAUCAAAAGAGGAUGAUUUGAACUGGACAUGAUAUACAUAAAAGAAUUAUGGUUUAGACUUUUGUCUGUUAGCCAUGGAUGUAGCACUCUCUCCCAUGAGAACACGAGAUCUGGACCCCAUGCCAUCUGAUGCAUCUCCCAUGCUUAUAAACAUGACUCCUACAGUAGAUGGAGAUGGGGAAGAGGAUGUCAUGAAAGAGCUUGAUUCUGGCCAGCAAUAUGACAAGCCACCUCCUCUACACACUGGGGCUGAUUGGAAGAUUGUUCUUCAUUUGCCAGAAAUUGAGACAUGGCUGCGAAUGACAUCUGAAAGAGUCAGGGAUCUGACUUACUCUGUCCAGCAGGACUCGGAUAGCAGGCAUGUGGAUGUGCAUCUAGUACAGCUAAAGGAUAUUUGUGAAGAUAUAUCUGAUCAUGUUGAACAAAUUCAUGCUCUACUAGAGACUGAGUUUUCCCUGAAGCUUCUCUCAUACUCUGUCAAUGUGAUAGUCGAUAUUCAUACAGUACAACUACUCUGGCACCAACUCCGUGUUUCUGUUCUGGUUCUGAGAGAGCGCAUUCUCCAGGGGCUACAAGACGCAAAUGGAAACUACACCAGACAGACUGAUAUUCUGCAAGCAUUUUCUGAAGAGACAAAGGAGGAUCGUCUUGACUCUUUAACUGAAGUUGAUGAUUCUGGACAGCUAACUAUCAAAUGUUCUCAAAAUUACUUGUCAUUGGAUUGUGGUAUUACUGCAUUUGAACUAUCUGACUACAGUCCAAGUGAGGAUUUGCUUGGUGCUCUAGAUGAUAUGACCUCCAGUCAAGGUAAAGCAAAAUCAUUUGAAUCCUGGAACUAUAGUGAGAUGGAUAAGGACUUUCCAGGACUUAUCAGAAGCAUGGGUUUACUUACAGUAGCAACGGAUUCCAUUGCUCCUCAGAGUAAUGAAACAUUAAAUGAGAAAAAAAACCAUUUACCUCUUGCAUCAGAAGAUGGAGAUGAAAGCAAGGACAGGAAAGGACCACAUGAGCUUUCACAAUCUCCUUCUGCUAAUUCUUCUGUUUCUAAAGGACCUUGCUCUGAAGAUGGCAUCUCAUCAACUGAGAACAAAACAGUUUCUGCACUAAAGAAACCGGAAUAUAAUCUUCCACAACUCGGUGGUGAAAAAAUCAAACACCCUCACUGUGAAAACUCAAAUCCUAAGAGAUCCAUAAGAGACUGCUUUAACUAUAAUGAAGAUUCCCCUACACAACCUACUUUGCCAAAAAGAGGUCUGUUUCUGAAAGAUGAUGUAUUUAAAGACUAUAUGGAAGCCAACGACUUUAAAAGGCAAAUCUCUCAGAUAGUAAAGAAUGAAAUGAGUAGAAGUACACCCUCACUGUUAGAUCCACCAGACAGGUCCAAGCUUUGCCUAGCUUUACAGUCACCCUACAGUAGUCCAUCUGCAGUUAGUCAGUCUUAUGAUUGCUUAAAUAAAAUAGGUGAUAGAAAUCUUGAGUACACAAUAAAUAAUCACUUUAAAGACAGUCCUGUAAGUCUAGGAAAACAUGCUUACUACACCUGUAAAGAAAAAUCAAAGCACAAGAAGUCUCAUGACACUCCAGAGAAAGUGAAAGCUGGCAGAACAUCUGUACGUAUGUGUAAAACAACUCCACCAAUACAAGUCAAAAAAAGAGGGCGUUCUUUACAAAAUGGAAUUACUUCUCAUAACUCUCAGUCUCUAGAGGGCACAGAAACUGAUUCUACUUCUGCAUCAUCAGAUUCUUGUAACCAGGGAGACCCAAAUGGACAAUCACAAGGUAAAACUGAGCCUUUUAGUUCACCAACAUGUAGCCAAAAGAGUGCCUCCUCAGCUGGUUCUGAACAUAUCAACUCAUCACCUCUUUUACUGAGAAGAAAGAAAAAUAAAAGUUUAUCCUCAUCACCAAGUUACAGUCAUACAAACAGUAAAGACGGUGAGGUCUGGUAUGGUUCUGAUGAGUAUUUAGCACUUCCUUCACAUCUCAAACAGACUGAAGUGUUAGCUUUAAAACUAGAAAAUUUGACAAAGCUGCUGCCCCAAAGGCCCAGAAGAGAAACUAUUCAAAAUAUUGAUGACUGGGAGUUGUCAGAAAUGAACUCAGAUUCAGAGAUGUAUCCAACAUACCAGGUAAAAAAGCACAAAAAAAUGGGUAGAAUUUCACCAAGCUCUUCAAGUGAUAUAGUAUCUUCCUUGGGUGACAGUAUUGAAUCGGGGCCUCUCAGUGAUAUUCUCUCUGAUGAAGAUCUUUCUGUGCCUGUAUCUUGCAUUAAAAAAUAUAUUGAAGCAAAGUCAGAAAGGACUGCUGCCACUCAGCCCACUGAGAAUGAAACUUCUGCCUCAAAUAAAUCAGCUUUAAUUCAUCAACUCAUGCAAGACAUACAACAUCAAGAGAAUUAUGAAACUGUAUGGGAAAAAAUUGAGGGGUUUGUAAGCAAGCUGGAUGAAUUCAUUCACUGGUUAAAUGAAGCCAUGGAAACAACAGAGAAUUGGACUCCUCCUAAAGCAGAGACAGACAGCCUUAAACUGUACCUGGAGACACACUUGAGUUUUAAGUUGAAUGUUGAUAGCCACUGCGCUUUAAAAGAAGCAGUGGUAGAGGAAGGACGUCAACUUCUUGAGCUUAUUGUAUCUCACAAAUCAGGACUGAAGGACAUGCUGCAGAUGAUUGCAAGUCAAUGGAAGGAGCUACAGAGGCAAAUCAAACGGCAACACAGCUGGAUUCUCAGGGCUCUGGAUAUCAUCAAAGCAGAGAUACUGGCUACUGAUGUGUCUGCAGAGAAUGAGGAAGGGACUGGGAGCCCUAAGGCUGAGGUUCAGCUAUGCUAUCUGGAAGCACAAAGAGAUGCUGUUGAACAGAUGUCCUUAAAGCUGUACAGUGAGCAAUACAACAGUAGUAGCAAGCGAAAGGAAGAGUUUGCUGAUAUGUCAAAAGUUCAUGCAGUGGGAAGUAAUGGCCUUUUGGACUUUGAUUCAGAAUACCAGGAGCUCUGGGAUUGGCUGAUUGACAUGGAAUCCAUCGUGAUGGACAGCCAUGACCUGAUGAUGUCAGAGGAGCAGCAGCAGCAUCUUUACAAGAGAUACAGUGUAGAAAUGUCAAUCAGGCAACCGAAAAAGAUGGAACUGCUCAGUAAGGUUGAAGCUCUGAAGAAAAGUGGUGUUUUACUACCAAAUGAUCUCCUUGAAAAAGUGGAUUCAAUUAAUGAAAAAUGGGAACUGCUCAGGAAAACCCUAGGAGAGAAGAUCCAAGACACAAUGGUAGGACACAGUGGGUUAGGUCCACGUGACCUGCUCUCGCCUGAAAGCGGCAGCCUGGUAAGGCAGCUGGAGGUCAGGAUCAAAGAGCUGAAAGGGUGGCUGAGAGAUACAGAGCUUUUCAUCUUCAAUUCCUGUCUGAGACAAGAAAAUGAAGGAACAAUGAAUGCUGAGAAACAACUGCAAUAUUUUAAGUCCCUAUGCUGUGAGAUCAAGCAGAGACGUCGUGGGGUUGCCUCUGUGCUGCGGCUGUGCCAGCACCUCCUGGAUGACCAGGAGACCUGCAACCUGAGUGCAGACCACCAGUCCAUGCAGCUGAUAAUCGUAAACCUCGAGAGGAGGUGGGAGGCCAUCGUCAUGCAAGCUGUCCAGUGGCAAACAAGGCUACAGAAGAGACUGGAAAAAGAUCCAGAGUCUCUGAACUUUAUUGAUCCAAGUUUGAUGGAUCUAAAUGGUCCAAGUGAAGAUGCACUAGAAUGGGAUGAAACUGACAUAAGUAACAAGCUGAUCAGUGUUAAUGAAGAUUUAAGUGAUCCUGAUGAGGAACUCAAAAAGGAUGGUGUAAGCCAGAAAUCUACUUCAGGAGAAUGUGGCAGCAAUGAUGUGAAUGAAGAUGAAAGUAUCAGUGAUCGUGGAAGUCCUCUUUAUUGUUCCAGCAUUACUUCCCCUCCAAAUCCUCACAUCUAUCAGGUCUAUAGUCUUCAUAAUAUUGAAUUAUCAGAAAAAAAACACAUGCCUUUCUUGAAAAAAACAUCAAAACUCUCCAGUGUAACACAGUCUAACAUUUUAAACAAAAGUCUUAGUAAAGACUCUUCAUUUUCAUCUACCAAAUCCCUGCCAGACCUAAUAGGGGGAACGACAUUGACAAAACCAUAUAACUGUAUGUACCAGAGUGGGAAUGUAAGCAGGCAUUCUGAGAGUGAAAGUGGAAUAGUGAGUGAGUGUGAUACAGAAACUACAAAUAAUUCAGAAAUUUUCUUACUAAACGAUAUUGAAAGCACUCAGAGCAAUCCUGAAAUCGGGCACGCAGGAACUCAAAUGGAUGACAUAAUUGAUGUAAUAAAACAAAAAAUAAAGCAAGAUGAAGAUGACCAUGUUAGUCUCUCAGAUGAUUUCCAGUUGGCACCAUCUGGAGGUUGUGGAAGUGAAAUUGAUGAGGACUUGGACAGCAUUACCAUGUGUAAAACUGUUUGUUUAGAAGAACUGCAAGGAAAACGUGAUGUGUUUACGUUUUAUGAUUACUCAUAUCUUCAAGGCUCCAAAUUCAAAUUGCCAAAGAUAAUGAAACAAUCGCAAACUGAAAAGACACAUACAGAGGGUGCUUUGUUUCAUGGCUUUUGUUUUGAUAAAAUACCUGGUAAAUCUGAACAUAAGCCUGGAGAGUCACUACCAGAUGAGUUUAUUCAUGAUCGUAAUCUGGCAAAUAUCCCUGGAGGAUCAGAUCCCAAUUCCUGUAAGUCUGUGGAAACAGUAAGAAAAUUAAUUGCUACAGAAAAUACAAGACAGGUUUCAACUUUAUCUCAUAGUUCUUCAUUAGAAUCUCUGUCUGUAGUAGGUGAUUUGUUCAGCUCUGGUAUUUUUAAAAGUGGAGAUGGUCUUCAACGAAGCACCUCUUUGGAGAGCUGGCUGACUUCCUACAAAAGCAAUGAAGAUCUUUUUAGUCAUCAUGGCUCAGGAGACAUUAGUGCAAGCAGUGACUCUGUUGGAGAGCUCAGCAAAAGGACAUUAGACCUUUUGAAUCGUUUAGAGAACAUCCAGAGUCCAUUAGAACAAAAGAUAAAACGUAGUAUCUCUGAUAUAACACUCCAAAGUAGCUCUCAAAAAAUGUCUUUUACUGGACAGCUGUCUGUAGAUAUCGCAUCCUCAGUUAAUGAAGACUCAGCAGCUUCUCUCACAGAACUCAGCAGCAGUGAGGAUCUUUCUCUCUGUUCUGAAGACAUUGUACUGCACAGAAAUAAAAUACCAGAUUCAAACGCAUCAUUUAGAAAACAUCUUAAUAGAUCUGUAGCUGAUGAGAGCGAUGUCAAUGUUAGCAUGAUUGUUAAUGUCUCCUGCACUUCUGCUUGCACUGAUGAUGAAGAUGACAGUGAUUUGCUUUCAAGUUCCACCCUUACCUUAACUGAGGAAGAGCUAGGUAUCAAAGAUGAAGAUGAUGACUCCAGUAUAGCAACUGAUGAGGAUAUUUAUGAAGAAUGCAAUUUAAUUUCAGGACUUGAUUAUAUAAAAAAUGAACUCCAAACUUGGAUUAGACCAAAAUUUUCUUUGACAAGGGAGAAGAGGAAAAGUAACCUCAGUGAUGAAAUUCAGCACAGUAAAGUUAGUAAUGAGACAUCAAGAGCCACAGAUACAUUGAACAUUGAAGCACUUCUGAAUGGUUCGGUGCAGAAAAUAACAGAAAAUAAUGGCAAUAGUAAGAAUGUAUCACAAAAUCAUGAAAAAGGGACAAAGGGUCACCUGAUGAAAGAUAUCUCUCAGGUAGUGAAGGAUCAACUUGUGGAUGAUAUGGAGAAUGGUAAUGUCGAAAAUACUCUUGGAAGUCAUAAGGGAGAGCUUGUUAGAACAUCAGCAACUUCCAAAACUCAUGCAUCACUUGAUGUAAAAGAAGCUGAAAAUGAAUUUUGUGUCUGUGAAGCAUUCACAGACAGUUCAGAUGAUUCACAUAUGGAUGGAAAGGAGACUGGUCUGUUGUCAGAUGGAUCCAGAAACCCUCCAAAAGAAUGUCAAAGUCAUCUUCAGCCUGAUCAUCAUUGCAUUGCUUUCUCUCCUGCUAAAAAGCCUUGUCUUGAGUCUCCCUCAGAAACAAGCUCUGUAGACACACAAGAUGCUUCUUUUCAAACAUCCUUACCUGGUGAUCAACAACACAAAAUAAGCAUUGCUGAAAAAUCUACUGAUUGCUGUGCAGCCUUGAAAUCUUAUAAGGCAGGUUGCGAGUCCUCAGCCAGUGGACCUGAUUCGUGCUGUAACUGUGUCUCUGCUGCUUUUGAUAAAAGAAAUAUGGAAGAUGGUUCUGUACACAACUUUGUGAAGGAGAUAAUAGAUAUGGCAUCAACAGCUUUGAAAAGUAAGUCACAACCUGAAUGUGAGUCAUCUGCUCCAGCUUCAUUAACACAGAUCAAGGAAAAAGUGUUAGAACACUCUCACAGACCCAUUCAGCUAAGAAAAGGGGACUUCUAUUCUUAUCUUUCACUUUCUUCUCAUGAUAGUGACUGUGGAGAGGUAAUCAAAUACAUAGAGGAAAAGAGCAGUACUCCUGUGCCACUGGACUUUACAGAUGAGAGAGAGAAUAUUGAAUGCUUUUUUGAAGCAUGCCCUGAAGAUGAACGUGUUGAGCAGCAGCAAUUCAUUUGUAAUGGUACUCCUGAAUCAAGCGCUGAGCAGCAGCAGCCUAUUUCUAAUGUUAUUUCUGAAACAUCUCGAGAGUCAACAGAUGAAUUGACUCUGGCAUCAUUAGGAAAAGUUAAAACUUCAUUAGAAGAUAAGAAUUUAUCUUUUCUAUGCGAUGAUGACAACAUAAAUGUCUCCAAUCCUAACAAAGAAAGUGCAUCAAACAAUUUGAAAAGUGCUGUGGAUAAUUUGAUGAUUUCAGACUGGCAAACUGAAGGUUUGGAAAAUAAUUUUCCAGAGCUCAGCAGUAAAAAGAGUAGUAUAGGAGAAUCACCUGGAACUGAAGAGCCCAAAGGAUGUUUUGCUACUUCUGAAGAGGCUUCAGCUACAGAGUUUCAUUUAAAGUGUGGCCAUUCACAGAAUGAGGAGGUUUUACACCAGAAUACUAAAACUCUUACUUGUGAAGAAAAUCUCUUGAAUCUUCAUAAGGAAAGACAUUUUAAUAUGCACAGAUAGAAUGUAACUCUCUCCAGGCAUAUACAUUAUCCUAAAAACAGAAACUUGGCUGCAAUUCAGGUGCAGGUUCAUCCUGUAAACCCUGGGAUGACCUCCAAUUCCAUUGUAUCACUGCCUUUCAUUACAUUGACUCCCAAGAUAAAUUUUCUUUCCAACUGUGAUUUGUCCAUGUUGGCUUUGUGAUCAGGUUGUAUAUGCUAGUCCUAUUUCAGUGAUCAUUUUGUGUGGUAGCAAAGCCAUUUGCUUUCAUAUGAAUUCCUCUCCCAAGCUACCUCUAAUGACCUGCCCUUCCUAAAUUGAAUGCUCCUGUACUACUUAUCACUGUUUCUGUUCUUUAAAGAUUUGAAGUUCCACAGGAUUUAUGAUCGAUCUGGUUCAUCUUUUCAGUAUCGUACCUGCCAGUACUCCUCUAUUUUAUGUAUCAAAUUUAAUAUUUACAUGUAUAAUGCAUAAACUUACUGAAAUUAUUUUAUGUUUGACAAUUUUGUUGGAUUGCAGCAAGAAGAAAUCAUUUGUCCUCCUGAUUCAAUACAUCUAAAAAUUAAACAAUUAAGAUAAAUGCCAUUUUAUUUAUUUAAUUUUAAAAUUUAAUCUAUGCAACACUUCAAGAAACAACUACAUGGUGUUGUAUAUUAGAAACUGUUGACAUUCUACUGAAUUAAGUACAUUUUGGUUUUUUAUGCUUCUUGAGGUGGUAAUGAGUAAAAAAGGUUUUUAAAAAAUGUGUGCCUUGCUGUAUUUCUUAUACCAUUUAUUAAAAAGCUGCUUACACAGUAAAAUUAUGUUGAUUUGAAAGGAGGAAAUAGCAAGGUUAAGUUGUGUGAAUAAUUUCUGUAUAUAUGUAUAACCAAGUGCAAACAUUGAUGUAUAAUGACAAUAUAAAAUGCUUUCGUGUUUGUGAUGUCCAGUGAUGUGGAAAAUAUAAGCCUUAAAACCAUUAGAUUGCAUGGUAAUUAGAAUUGGCAUAAUAAACAUAGUUUAUUGGGGAAAAAAAAAAAAGCAGAACUGGUGAUCUGUUUUACCUGCGUUCGAAGAACAGAAUGCUGCAUCAAAGUACAGAGGACUAUCUUUUUGUUCACAAAUACUUCAUAGAGAGAAGCAGUUCCAUAGCUGGUGAAGAUUUGCGUUACCUGGCUCAGAGGGAAAGAUCCUUUUCUUAAAGGUUCGGCAGGCCUCCCAGGUCAAACAAGGAGAGACAAACAAUUAGUAGAUUAAGCUAGUGUACUGCCAACAGCAAUUAAAAGUGGUCAAGCACA